AUGAAUAUUUUCUAUUUAUUAGGGGCGCAAGAAGAAAUUAUACUUUACAAUUCCGAUGGCUAUCGAGCAUUGCUUGAUCUAAAAUAUGGACGUAUGGGUGGUGGCUAUGCUAUACCCGAAUUUGGGCUUGCUUAUGUUCGUGAUAUAUGUUUUUUUGAUAAAAAAACUGACAAGAAUCGAAAAGCUGAUAUGCUAGUUUCUGCUUGUUAUUGUCUUACUGGCUCACCACAACUUUAUGAUAAUCCAAAAACGGACGAAGAGUGGGAAACAAAAAAUUUGGCUAAAUUUAAUGCAUUCAUGGCUGCAGCUGUUGCUAAUACAA